ACACUACAACCGGUGAACAAUGAACCCUCCUUCUUUGAAUUCACUGUGUUUACGCACUCGACUUGACCCACACUCCCGUUGUAACUGUAGACGUGGUGCCGGCCACUGUGUUGUAGGUUAGUUAUGUACAUGUACGAAUGCCUGUCUUUUUUUAACUCCGCAUAAUUGGAAGAAAAGCAGCGUGGUUUUGGAGCCUUAUCUGUUCUCCCAAUCGUCACGGUAUACUAAGCAGAAAUAGGACACGGUCACCGUACCUCGAGCAGGUCAGACAGAUAAACCGACCACGCCAGGCAUUCAGUCGCAACGACAACCCUGUAUACAGACACGAAAGUGAGAAAAACCUAACUUUUAUUUUGUAUCUCUAGCGUGCCUCGGUUGCAACAAUGUCAUCAUCACAUAGCCUCAGUCAAAGCGAAGCAACGGAUUUCCUAGAGGGCGUACUACAGCUGACGGCUCCGCUGGAGAACCUGGCGAAAGAUCGAGUCGGCUUCCUGCGUAAAGUCAUCACCGCCUUUCUCGGCAGUAUUCCCUUCCAGAGCCUGACGACUAUCGCCACGCCCAAGCCGGAGAGGCGAGCGCUGACCUUCCCCGAGAUCAAGGCAAGCAUGAUGGCCCGCGUGGGCGGGUUGUGCUUUGAGAUGAAUUACUUCAUGAAGGCGCUCUUGGAGGCGCUGGGAUUCGAGGUAUACCACGUGGGCGCCAGUAUCUCUGGGAGGCCGAACAAUCACCUGGUAACUGUGGUUAAGAGUCUGGUCCUACCUGGCGACCUUCAUCUGGUAGAGGUUGGCUGCGGGUAUCCUACGUUUGAACCCAUAUCUCUGGGCUUUGAUAAGGAGUCACCAGUCUACACGUCAGGUUUCCUGACGCACAAGUUUGUGAAGGAUGACAAGGGUGGCAUCCAAUGGAUUCACAAGGCGCGGCGGCACUACAAAGCAAGGGAAGAGGCAACCGAUGGCGAGUGGUACACGUUCAUGGUGUCUGACCUGGUGUUCCACGAUAUCGAGUUCUUUGCGGACAGCAUGGAGAAUGUCCACACUGUGGAGAGCGGCCCGGAGGCCCUGGCGCCCUUCUUACAGACUCUAAGGGCGGUAAGCUUCCGCAACGGCAAGCUUCUAGCCAUCAAAGACACCGCCAUCUUGGAGGAAGACGACAGUGGCAAGGUAAACAAGAAGAGCGCAACGCGCCCUCAAGAGCUGUUGGAGGCAUUCGAAAAUCACUUUCCCCAGUUUCCAGCGGAGUCUGUUCUGAAAGUUUUGGAGACUUUUGAUCUCAAAUUUGACUGCUAAACCUGUUCACUGAAAUACAAAAACUAUAUUUUGACAAUAUCGCCAUAUCUAAACAUUUAGUAUUGCGUCUGUUAUUAAUAUCAGGUUUGUGAAACAAGCUCAGGGUUCAAAAAAAUGCCUUUUCUUCUGUUAUAUAAAUUUGUCGAUUUAUGUGUACAAGCGUGUCAUACAUUAUGUUGACCCCUACACAAAAGAAGUCCAUAUAAUGUAGCGUACGAUGGCGUUGUGUGGACUCGCACACGUCCACCCAAUAGA